AUGCCAUCAUCCCCCUCUCAACCACACCCACCACUACCAACAGACCUCCAAACCUUCAAAUCCUACAUCCUCUCCUCCUCACCCCCCAACAGAACCCCCUUCCCCGACCCCAACGACUUCACGACCGCCGAACUCGAAUCCCUCCUCCAUUUCGCCCUCGCAACCUACCAGACCGCCCGGGAAAAACUCCAAGAACUUCUCGACGAAAGGAGGGAGAGGCAGAUUUGUGAGGUUCUGGUAUGUAAAAUGGUUUCCCUUCUCCUUCCUCCAGCUCCUUCUUCUCCUUUCUGAUUUGCUGACGGGGUUUUUUUUUUGGCACUCCUAGAUCCAAGCACAAGAAACUCUCCUAGCCCUCCCCACCCAUCCCCUCGCGCCUUACACCCAUGCUUUUUACGAUGUGGCAUUGAGCGCCAAAUUCGCGGAUGAUUUCCGGUUUCGAAAUCUGAUCGUGGGGUUGAAGAGUUUGAUCUUACGAUUGCAGGGGGAGAGAGAGAAGGUGGAGGGGAGGUUUCCGAGAGGUGGUGGUGAUGGGGAGCUGAGUGGUGAUGAGGACGAUUGGUUUCUGGCGGGUGGCGGUCAGAAAGCGGAGCGAGAGCAGAGAGAAUUAUGUGAAGCUAUUGAAGAGCACUUGAAGACGGGGAAGGAGGAGGAAGCGGGAGGUGGAAAGGUGGAGGUGAAAGUGAUGAUGGGAUGA